ACCACCAACCCCAAUAGUGCACAAAAAAUAGUGAAGAGUGCUGGGGUGACUGAGCAAGGACGGGUCGAUUUCUCUCUUACCUUGAGUGCUCGACUUGAUCGGCAUUGUUUCUUACAGCAGCCUGCCAGCAAUGGGGAAGUCUCCUGGAAAAUGGAUCAAAACUGUUCUUUUUGGAAAGAAGUCAUCUAAGUCCAAUAUAUUGAAAAAUAUUACAAUUGAGAAAAAGGCUGCUGCCAAGAUGCCAGUGGAAGAUCUGUCUGCAAAUUCCCUGGCGAGCUUGGAUUUGCCAAAUCAGGUUACUGAUAGAGGUCGAAAUAAUGUGGAAUUUGAGAAGGGCACAACUGCAGGCGCUCCAUGUGAUGAUGCUGAUUUUUUAACUGCGAAUCAAGGUGUGGAUACACAAAGUACGUUGGAUCUCAAUUCAAUUGAUACUGCUGAGUUAAGAAGGCAAGAGGAAGCUGCCACAAAAGCACAAGCUGCCUUUAGGGGAUACUUGGCUCGUCGUGCAUUUCGAGCUCUGAAGGGUAUCAUAAGGCUACAGGCCCUUAUACGUGGACACUUGGUAAGGAGGCAGGCAGUUGCUACUUUCCGUUGCAUGCAUGCAAUUGUUAAGUUCCAGGCUCUGGCUCGUGGACGUAUUGUCAGACUCUCAUGUCCUAUGCCAGGAGUGCUUAUAAAGUAUGAUUUGGGAGAAAUUCAGGAUGCUAAACGGGUGGGCACAUUUGGAGUAAUCUCAUCUCAUGGCUCAGAGAACCUUACAACGAAUACUUUUGCCUUGAAGCUUCUUGCCUCGCUGCCAACUGCUAUGCCUCUGAGCCUUCAAUAUGAUCUGGCUGAACCAAAUUCAUCUUGGAACUGGCUUGAACGUUGGUCACGGUCUCACUUUUGGCAACCACCUGCUCGAGCAAAGAAAAUUGUUAACGUGAAAUCUCAACGAAAACAUGCUGGUCCACUUGCUGCUGAGACCAAAGUGGGAAAAUCAAAAAGAACUGUCAGAAAGGUUUCAACUGCAGACAGUGGGGACAACAGCACUUUAGCAUCCACUCAUUUAGAUAAGCCCAAACGCAACCCAAAGAAAGUCGUGACUCAUCCAACAGAAAUAGUGCUGGAACAACCACAAAAUGAACUUGAGAGGGUCAAACACAAUUUAAGAAAGGUUUCUGCUUCUGUAGAACUGACUUCUGAAAAGUUAGAAACCGAAACUGACAAGUCAAACCCGAGUCUGAAAAAAGUGUCAACUUCUGUAGCUCCUGAUAUUUCUGAACAAGAGAUCGUAAAAUCUUCUGAAAUUGCUUUUUGUUCAAAUGCUGUAGUUGAUGAACUGGCAUUGCCAGAAGCUCCUUCGCCAAUUACAGAUAAUGUGCCACAAUCUGAUUAUCCUGCUGUCCAGCCACAUUCGCCGGAAAAUGGUGUGGAGAUGGAGACAAAUCCAACUAUCAAUGAUGAGUUGGGGUGUAAAGAAGAUCAGACUGGCAAGGGGAAUAAAAAAAUCAGGAGGAGAUCUCUUCCAACAAAGCAUGAGUUUCCUGAGAAUGUCUCGCAGAACACCUCAAGCUUGCCAAGUUAUAUGCAAGCAACUGAGUCUGCAAAAGCGAAGCUUAGAGCGCAAGGAGCUUCAAAGUUUAGUGAUGAUGGGUCUGAAAAUGGUUCUGUCCGCCGUCAUUCUCUACCAGCCUCAGCUAAUGGCAAAUUGAAUUCGUUGUCACCUCGGGUGCAGAGGCCAGUUCAAGGUAAUGAUAAGGGUGGAAGCAAAAAUAACAAAUCCUUGAUGUCCUCUAGAGAUGAUAAGGGUCUUCAGCCUGGAUGGAGGAGAUGAGUACGGCAGUGUGUAACCGUGUUAGCUGCAGUUUUAUUUGGUUCUUGUGAAGAGUAUGCUGUAAAAGCUGAAAGUGAAGUUGGAAAAAUCAUAGUUGUUUCAAAUUAUUUGCAUCCUUUACAUGUUUUCCUAAAGUGCUUUGGGAUUGUAUAGCCAUAGAGUAAGAAUCUGUUGAUUUGUUUAAUGUCUAUCGACUGUGUGUGUUUUGUAGUUCAUAUUUGUUUCCUGAUGUAAGAUGCUGAUCCACGACUAGUACCUUGUGAAUGUUUGAAUGCGGUAACAUGAUUGCUCUCCCUCCCUCC